AUGGUUGCAUAUUAUAAGGAGACCAAGACUGCUGCUUACAAGCUGGAGAAACAUAUUGAAGAACUUCAAAAACAACUGACUGUCUUGAGGGAUAGGCAGAACAAGCUUGGGGCUGGACUGGGUACCAAAACCAAAACAAAUUUCCUUGUGCAGAAUAUGGUCUCAGCUUCCAGGCCAGCUCUGGAAAUUACAGAAGAUUCUAUCCACCAAGGAGUGCUCCUCCAAAAAGAGAUUUCCACCAAGAAGACCAGAUUGCAAGAAACCCUUAGGAAACUAUGGCUUUGA